AUGCGCCCCUUGCAGAAUAACGGACUGCCUCUCCUCUCACUCAUUCUAUCACUCUCCUCAACCUCGAUAGCAGCCUCAUCUGACGAUUCCAAAACCCCGGCCACGUUCGCAGGCUGCACGAUUCAUUCCUCUCUCUCCGGAUCCUUCUACGAUGUCCGUCCUCUCACCCUGAAAUCCUCCUUACUCUCGAAAAGUGCCGGUACAAACGAAUCCUACCACAGUCGCGGCUAUGAUUACGGCGCAAACUUCACCCUGAAUAUAUGUGGACCAGUAGUUGAAGAACUCGACAAUGUGGUAGGAAUCAGUCAGAGCCAUUAUGCAAAUGUCAGCGCUUUCUAUACAGAUCGAGACGAUAUCUACAGUCUGGGCGAGGUCAACCAGAACCUCACGAUACGAGGCAGGAAACUCCUGCUAAACUAUACCAAUGGUUCGCCAUGUCCGGAGUUGGACGAGUACGGAGACCCUGUCAUCGAGUCACGAUCGUUGUUGAAUGUAAGGGAAAUCGUUGGAGGCGGUAAUGGUAGUGGAAGAGGUAGUAAAUCAAAGCCAUCCCGUCGGAAGUCCGCACUCCUCUCAUUCAUUUGCGACACCUCCCCUGCCCUUUCUACGACACCGCGUAUCAACUUCGUCGGCACGAUGGAUCAUUGCACAUAUACCUUCGAAGUACGGUCACGCUACGCCUGCGCUGGUGCAACACCUAGUCAUGAGAAGGGAAGUCUGGGUCCUGCGGGUGUAUUUGGGAUGAUUCUAGCAAUUGGUGUGCUCGCAUACCUGGUUGGAGGCAUCGUCUACCAGCGAAAUGUGAUGCAUCAAAGAGGUUGGAGGCAGUUGCCGAACUAUGGUCUAUGGGCAGGAAUCUGGGACUUCUUUUCGGACAUGUUCCAGAUCAUCCUAGGUCCAUGCCUCAGCCGACUCCCGAGCACAGGACGUCUAUUCAAUUCAAAAAGAGGAGGAUAUGUAAGAGUUGGAGCAGAUGACAGGAGAAAUGUAGGCAGAGGUCGUACGAGUGACGAUGAAAACAGGUUGAUAGACGACUUAAACGAAGAAUGGGACGAUUGA